AUGAGAAAGCAACAUUUUUACCACGUAGUAGUGCUACUCAACGCCUGUUCACGUCUUGAUUGCAGCACACCAACUUUCACACCCAUGCAAGCCGAAGAUCUCGAUAAAAUAACAAACAGUUUUGUUUGUGACAAUAGUUACUACUCCAGCAAAAAUGUUCAGAGCUCUUAUAUGAGUGGCUGUAAUGAGCUAUGGAACAGUGAUUCCAGUAAGCAGUUUCCAGCAACGUUGGAAGAUAGUCGUCUUUACAGCGGAAUACACGAAACUCUAUUCUCAUGGCCAUUGAAGGGAAAUCAAGAUACUUUUGACAUAAGGUUUGCUGGGAAUUUCCGUGUUGUCUUCGAUGUUAGGUGUAGGUUCUAUGGCGUUGUAAUGCGCCGAGAAACUAACCACGAACACUGCAUUGAGUUGUCAGAAAAAGGAAAAGCUAACAAUAUAAGCCCUGGCCUAAAGGAAUACAAGGGCUACAGAUGUAUGGGAACAAUUUUCACAGAAUCAUAUGUCCGAAGCUCUGCCAUAGCAUCUUGGCAAGUAAUUCUAGGAGGUCCCGAUGCACAUAGAUAUCCAUUCAGAGUUUCAUCACCAAAUGCGGGUCAAGACCUAUUCGAAUGGCCCUUAUUGAAAAAUGAUGAAAUCUACGGAAUUAAUGAUAGAAAAAAACGCCGUCUCAUUUAUUUUGUCUGGCACAAAAAUAAGGGUGAUCCUAUACAGGUGAUUUAUAGAUCAAAAAAGUUAUCGUACACUUGCCAAUUCAUAACAAUGAACAUUGUGCCUCGUGCUCACUUUUUUGAUUCCAUCGGCGCCCAUGAACUCAUGGUCAAUAAAAACAAGAAAAGCUAUGACUGCCAUGGUCAAACUUUCACGGAUUACUACAUAAAGGAAAUUCAGUUCACAAUUAAGAAUGUACAAGCUGAUAGUCAUUCCAACAAAUUCAAAAAGAAUAAAUAUCCUAGACAGACCAAAAUAGAUCAAAUAGAGAGUGAAAAGUUAUUCUGGAUUUGGCAUCUUCGUAGUUCAGAAGCAGACUUCCAGAUGUCCAAUAUCCCAACCAGAUACUUUCUGAUAAUGAACCUCGAAUAUGAAAUCAUUGGAGUAUAUUAUAUGAAGAAUACCUCCUAUACCAAAUGUAACGAGAAGUCUGUUCAGACAAUCUCUGAAGCAAAUAAUGUAGUUUCUAGUUUGGACUUAAAUAAUGAUCACCCUUGUUGUGAGCGUUGUAAAGAUCCUACCGGAUGUAGCUGUGAAGAGAAUUGGCAUGCCCCAAAACGCCAGAAAAUUUCCUAUCCAAUAAAUUGCAGUGGAGAGAGUAGAUUUCAAGUAUCUCGUUAA